AUUUAUUUCGCCCAUAUGAAAAACAACCAAGGUGGCGAACGCCCACGAGACCCACGUCAUAUCUACGCCAAUCCGCUGCAACCUAGUAUCUGCCCAAUUGUAGCACUAGGUCUCUACUGGACGGUGUCUAAUUUCGAUGGAAGUGAUCUCCUCUUCCCCGGAAACAACCAGUACGAGCGCUUCCGAAAGUGCUGGCUGCAGCUGCUUUCGCAAGACGACGUCGCGACCGAGUUGAAGCGCCAAGGACUCGAUGCAAACGAGCUAGGAACCCACUCAAUGCGAAAAGGAUCAGCGACGUUUUGA